CCCUCACAGAUGUAGAAAACAAUGCGCACUGUCAGACUUAUCAAAUAAAAGACAUGCCUUUGGUGAAUGAAUUAUAUGUGGUUGCUGAUGAAACUGUAGUAUGAGUAAGGAAUGCUCAUUGCGGUACUGAUACAGCAACUCGUCUGAUCUAGCCGCGUGUCAGGCAAUGUUGUUCAGGAUGGUUAAACUCCGACUACUCAACACAAUCGCACCUGCUUACUUCUACACUGCCACUGUGGUGACGUUCGCCCUGCACUUCCUCCUUUUCCUGCCCAGGAUUUUCCAAACCCCGGAUAUGACGAUAAGUCCCACCAUGCUGAUCCACAUUGCGGUCCUUCUGUACCUCAUGGGAAACGCUCUGGGAAAUUACACAAUGACUAUAUGGUUCCCAUCUGAAAGUACCAAUGAGACAGUUAUCCCGGUGUGUUCACCUGACUGCCCAGACAGAAUUGAUGCCCACUACCUCUUGAAUGGUCGCCACUUCUGUAAAGUGUGUAAAAAAGUGAUUAUGAAACGGGACCACCAUUGCUUUUUCACAGGGAAUUGCAUAGGGAACAGAAACAUGCGCUACUUUAUUAUGUUCAGCGUCUACACGUCCUGUUGUUGUUUGUACUCUUUGGUAAUUGGAGUGGCCUAUCUUAUAUUGGAGUACUCCAUUUCCUUUGAGAAUCCUCUGAUGUUCCUCACACUCCUACCCCUCUCCACAUGUUACUUCUUCCUUGGUAUGAUAUCAGGUCUCCAGCUCUUUCUGGUUCUAAUGCUGUACAUCUGGCUGGGUGUCGGGCUAGUGAGUGCCGGCUUCUGCUGUCAACAGUUUCUACUAGUGGCCCGAGGGCAGACCUGGUGUCAGCUCCAAAAAGGCCAAUUGUCAGAGAGUCAUGGUACCUGGCGUGCCAACCUGAGUGACGUUUUUGGUUCCAGCUGGGCUUUGGGUCUUUUCCUGCCUGUGCAGACUGUUGAGACCGCACCUGGCAACUGGCAGGUCUACCAUGACCACAAACAUGACUGAAGAUCCU